UAUAACCAUCCUUUUGAAGAUGAUUUACUUGUUUCCAUGGAAACUCUCACUUACUAUACGCCUGAUGGACGAAAACAACAGGGGAAAGUGUCAAGCAAGAAACUUAGAAAAUGGAAGAAGGAAGUAUUUGAGGAAUCUCCUGAGAUCUCUCAUGUGGAUACAUCUGACAUAGAUGGAGAAAGUGAUGAUGAUGUGGUUUCGGUAAGAAGAAAAUUUGAAGACAUUCACUUCCAGAAUCUGCCUGUAGAUGAUGGGAAAAUUCAAGAGAAAGUAAAAGUUCCAGUGGAUGUGAUAGUACAAGAUUUUGCUAGAAAAAUUCCAAAGUGGAUUAUGGUAUCACCUCAAGGUUUGUCAGAAGGUCUUCAUUUAGCUUCGCCAGUGCAAGAACUGAUUGGCAACCAAGCAGAUGUUUGCAGAAAGAAAGUAGAGUUGCCAAAUGAAUGUUCUUCAUCCAGACCUCUACAGUUACAAUUUUCUGGUGUUCCUAUUUCACCAAAUACAAUAACUGUACACAAGCAUCUACCUUCUCCAGAACUGAAUAAAACUUGCUAUGAUAGUAUCUUGGAAGAAUACCAUUCUGCAGAUGAGGAAUGCUCCUGGAGCAAUGUAACUCUUGCAGACUUGUAUCCAGCGAUGGUAGAGAUGCUUACAAAGCUCAUGACAAAGCAGGCUCAAAGGAAAGUGAUAAAAUACAUGUUUGGACACUUAAGGCACAGAAGACGGCAUUCUAGAAGACCAAAGCUCAAUGUCACUGUAGACAAAUUAAGAGGGUUCAGACCUCUUAAACUGAAGCAAGCACUACCCAGUGUAUGCAGCAGUAGAAGUGAAGACAUCCAAAAUCAAACUUUUGGAAAAGAGAAUAGAGAACUUUGUGAUGAUGAGUGUUCCAUUAAUCAUUUAUCUGGUUUGGUACCUUAUUCUUACAUUGAUACAAAUGAAAUCAAAGUGGACUAUAUUGACUCAAGUUUAGAACAUCAUUUGGUAUCUGGAAAAGGCCAAAAAGUCUCCAAACAGACUGGUUUUCCUAAUGUUGUGGCUAGAAUGGGAAAGACCUUUGUAGUUGAAGAUGAGUUACAGACUACUGUCUCGCCGAAGAAUUUGGAAUACAAAGAAAGUGAAAAAUCAUCUUACAAAUGUUCCUCAGAAUACCAUUUUAGAACAUCUACUGCCAGUUCAGGGUCAACAGCGCUUUAUCUGGUAAAAGAGAAUAAAACUCAAAAAAUUGACUUUCCUUGCAGUGAUAACUUAGAGUUCUGUUCAUCUACUUGCAAUUCCUAUGGCAACAGUAACAGUUUUACACCUGUCACAAAUUGUUCUUUUACAAAAGCAUCAAAUACUUUGCUCAUAAAUCCUGAAAAAAUAAUUUCUGGAACACAAAUUUCUCGCCAGCACCAACACUUAUUUUCCUCAUUGUCUAUGAAGCAGACUCCUUCAAAGAUUCCCCAGAAAUAUGAAGAUGAGUUUGAAGAACUCUACUACAAACUGUGUUGCGAAGAAAUCCAAAAGCCUUUGACAUUGACAAGACCUCUUUCAAAUUCACAGAACCUUGAAGAUAAAAGGAUACUAGUGAAGAGUAAUUUAAAUGAUUCUGUGAGGUUCGAAACAGAGUAUGAUAGAGAAUUUGACAGGAUCAUGAGCAAUUGUGUAGUGAGGCUGUUCCAAGACUUCAUGGGUUUCAGAGUGCUUCAAAUGUAA